AUGGCCAGCCAUCCCAAAGGGAAAAAGCAGCAGUCUCUCACUAACUUUUUCACCCCGAGGACCGUUAAUGGUCUAGCUACAUCCCUCCGAAAGCCCCAGACUCAAGAUGCCGAGAGCCCCAAUAAUACCCCUGAUAGCUCCCGAAAGAGACCGCUCCGAGAAGACACCGAUAAUGGGAAUAAUACACCCCCUAAGAAAAAGUCUAAAGCUACCGAUGUAGAAAAUGAGGAUGACGAGUUAGAAAGCUCAACUGCUAGAUCUCCUACCUUAGCCCUAAGCAGACCGGGUACUCGUACGGAACGUUAUAUAUACAACGGCUCAACCUCUCGAGAAGAUGCAAUCGAGGAGGAGAAGGAAGAUAGUGCUUCCGAGAAGCGGAGAAAAGAAGAGCUUCACCGUAAAUUUGUACAGAAGCUUGGACGUCCGGAUAGUAUGGCAUAUGGCAGACGUGGAACUGGGCAGGGAGAUGACGAAACACAAGCUGCGGCCGAGGACGCAGAAGAUGGCGAAGAAGAAGAACCUCCGCCACCACCUACGAAAGGCAAGAAGAAGGGAGCCAAGACAGGGAAGCUUACACCAAUGGAAAUACAAUUUUUGGACAUCAAGAGAAAGCAUAUGGACACCAUAUUGAUUGUUGAAGUGGGAUACAAGUUCAAGUUCUUUGGCGAAGAUGCUCGUAUUGCCGCCAAGGAGCUUAGUAUAGUCUGUAUACCUGGAAAGUUCAGAUACGACGAGCACCCCUCUGAAGCACAUCUUGACAGAUUCGCGUCUGCAAGUAUUCCCGUACACCGGCUACCGGUACACGCUAAACGGUUAGUCGCGGCUGGUCACAAAGUUGGUGUUGUUCGCCAAAUCGAGACCGCAGCGUUGAAGAAAGCCGGCGAUAAUCGCAAUGCACCCUUCACAAGAAAGCUUACCAAUGUAUACACUAAGGGAACCUACGUUGACGAGAUUGGGGAGCUGGACCAGAGAGAUAACUCAGGAGCUCCAGCAGGCGGAUAUCUCCUCUGUAUCACGGAGACAAAAGCCAAAGGAUGGGGUACUGACGAGAAGGUCGAUGUUGGUAUCAUCGCAGUACAGCCCGCGACCGGCGAUAUCAUAUAUGAUAACUUCGAAGAUGGUUUCAUGAGAAGCGAAAUCGAAACGAGACUCCUACAUAUUUCGCCGUGCGAAUUUCUCAUCGUUGGUGAUCUCUCUAAAGCUACGGACAAGCUCCUUCAGCAUUUAUCGGGCAGCGCUACCAACGUAUUUGGCGAUCGAAGCAGAAUUGAAAGGAUUCCUAAGUCCAAGACAAUUGCUGCUGAAGCUUACUCGCAUGUCGCUCAGUUCUACUCCGCUAAACUAAAGGAGGCUUCUGAAGGUAAUAAUGAGCAGGCUAGCGCUCUUCUCGACAAAGUCCUCAAAUUACCAGAACCCGUCACCAUCUGCUUAUCUUCUAUGAUCAACCAUUUGAAAGAGUACGGUCUCGAGCAUAUAUUCGAUUUAACCAAAUAUUUCCAGUCCUUCACUGCUCGUCAGCACAUGUUGAUCAAUGGCACAACCUUGGAGAGCCUUGAGGUGUAUCGCAAUCAAACUGACCACACCGAAAAGGGCAGUCUUUUCUGGGCCCUGGAUAAGACGUUGACUCGCUUUGGACAGAGGCUACUUCGAAAAUGGAUUGGUCGGCCCCUUUUAGACAAGGAGCGCCUUGAAGAAAGGGUAGCCGCUAUCGAGGAGCUACUCGAGAAUGCCUCGACAGCCAAGGUCGACCAACUAGAGCAUUUAUUAAAGAGUAUUAGGACGGACCUCGAGCGAAGUCUAAUUCGUAUAUACUAUGGAAAGUGUACUCGCCCUGAGCUCUUAGCGGUUCUUCAAACACUUCAAAGGAUAGCAAUGGAAUUCACGAAGGUGAAGUCAUCUGAAGAUACGGGCUUCACAGCAGAAGCAAUUAGCUCCGCCAUCUCCUCACUGCCACUUAUACUGCCAACCGUCUUGUCGUAUCUCGAUCGCAUCAGUGCCGAGGCAGCCCGCCGGGACGAUAAAUACGCAUUCUUCCGCGAGAGUGAAGAAACAGACGCUAUCACCGAGCACAAACUAGGUAUCGCGUCUGUAGAGCAGGAGUUGGAUGCUCACCGCAAGUUAGCUGCUUUAACUCUUGGCAAGAAGUCCCCCGUACCGUACGUUACCGUCGCCGGCAUUGAGUACCUUAUUGAGGUACCAAAUGGCGACCUUAAGCGCGUCCCCGCCUCCUGGCUCAAGAUCAGUGGCACGAAGAAGCUAUCGCGUUUCCACACACCAGAUGUCGUCCGCCUCAUCUCGGAGCGUGACCAGCGCAAGGAGGCUCUAUCAGCCGCCUGCGACGUAGCUUUCACCUCUCUACUCGAGGCCAUCGCAUUAGACUACCAACCACUCCGCGACGCCGUCUCCUCCCUUGCCACCCUCGACUGCCUCCUCUCCCUCUCCAAGGUCGCCGCCCUCCCCGGCUACUCCAAACCCACAUUUCUCCCAUCCGACUCACCCCCAACCAUUUCAAUCAGCGAAGGCCGACAUCCCAUCGCAGAGCAGACUCUAACAACAUCUUACAUCCCCUUCAGCACGACUCUAUCUUCCCCAACACCCCUCGCCCACCUAAUCACAGGACCCAACAUGGGCGGCAAAUCCUCCUUCGUCCGCGCCGUCGCGCUACUCGUACUCCUAGCACAAAUCGGUUCCUUCGUACCCGCCUCGUCUCUGACUCUAACCCUCGCCGACGCAAUCUACACGCGCAUGGGUGCUCGCGACAACCUAUUCGCCGGCGAAUCCACCUUUAUGGUCGAAGUCUCCGAAACAGCACGUAUCCUCCGAGCCGCGACCCCGCGCUCCCUAGUCGUCCUCGACGAGCUCGGUCGUGGCACCAGCACCCACGACGGCGCCGCCAUUGCCCACGCCGUACUCACCCACGUCGUGCAAGAUACCCGCUGUCUCACCCUUUUCAUCACCCACUACCAGAACCUAGCCCGCGUCGCCGACGGCCUCGACGGCCGCUGCAAGAACGUCCACAUGCGCUUUACCGCCACCAAGCGCGGCAUUGAUGGCGAGGAAGCGCGAGCCGAAGGUAACGACGAAGAUGGAGAUGGAGAAGAAGAUGACAUCACAUUCUUGUACGAGGUGGGUGAGGGCAUGGCUCAUAGGUCCUAUGGUCUAAACGUAGCGAGAUUAGCUCGCAUUCCGCGGAAAGUGCUGGAUGUAGCAGCAAGAAAGUCUAAGGAACUCGAGGAAACGAUCAAAAUACGUAGGUUGAAUGGCGCAACAAGGCUCCUGGCCGAUGUAUUGGGGAACGGACCUGAUCAGUUAGAUCAUCUUGUAUCGAGUAUUGAGCAACUCUAG